AUGGCUCUCGACAAGGUCAAGACUCUCGCGCGGAAUCUGGGACUAACCACGAUGUCGAAGCGCCUUGUUCUCAGCUAUGUCAUUGACUGGCUGGUCAUAUUCCUCAUCGCCGGACUGGGCGGACUCUUUAACUUCAUAGAGCCCUACAAACGACCGUUUAGCCUCCUCGAUCUCUCGAUCAGCUUCCCGUACAUUACUCCUGAGCUCGUUCCCUACGAGUACCUCAUCUUCAUCUGCGGAAUGGCACCGGCCAUCAUCAUCGCGCUCAUCAGCCUCCUACUAGUACCCGGACCACGGCAUUGCCGCUCCCUCAACCGAUCUCAGAUCAUCCGGCUGAAGUUCUGGGAGUUCGAGAGGGGAUGGGCGGGGUUUUGUUUAAGCCUUGCCAUCGGUUUCUUCAUUACGCAGUCCAUGAAGAACGUCUUCGGAAAGCCGCGACCGAAUCUACUCGAAAGGUGUCAGCCGGAUCUAGACAACAUAGCCUCACACAGGGUUGGUGGUUGGGGAGAAGACAUAAGCGCUCGGUGGACACUGGUGAGCGCCAGCAUAUGCACGAACAACAACAGGCGGGUUCUCGAUGACGGGUUCCGAUCAUUCCCGUCAGGACACUCCUCGUUCUCCUGGUCGGCGAUGCUGUACUUGUCGCUAUUCCUCUGCUCCAAGUUCGCCAUCACAAUCCCGUUUAUGAGAACCAAUUCGACCAACGAGGUCGCCGGUCUCCAGUCCGACGAAUCCGGCCGCCUCCUCUCAUCGGAAAACAACCGCCGCCCUUCUACCGACGACUCUCAAGACAAACCUUUACAUUUCCGGCCGGCAUCCGCACGCCGACCAACACAGGACACUACGCCCAUACGAAAGCAGGCGGCGACACCACCGAAUCACCUCAUCAUCGUGGCAGUCUUUCCACUAGGAGUCGCGAUCUGGAUCUGCUCAACGCGCUUCGUUGAAUUCUACCACUUCGGCUUCGACAUCAUCAGUGGGUCUUUGAUAGGGAUUGCGAGCGCUUGGUUCUCGUUCCGCUGGUACCAUUUGCCAAUUAGAUCAGGUCAAGGGUGGGCAUGGGGAGCGAGGAACCCGCGAAGGGCGUUUGGCAUAGGCGUGGGAACGGCAAACUACGGGGACGAAGGGAUAGAGGGCUCACAUAAGAGGACUGACGAUAUUGAGUUGAAUGCUGCGCGAUAG